AAUUAUGUCAAGUGGGCAUAAACAGCACAGUAAGUAUCCAUUGAUCCAAAAGGAUUGAAUUGGGCUUGGAGGCAGACGGAUCAUGAAAAAAACCCUAAAAUAAACCCUAGAGAAACCCUUGAAUCUGGAAACCUAAAUCAUACAAAAAUGGAGGACAAUCACAUGGAAGAAAGCGAGCAGAAGCUGGAAACGGAGGUGGCUCCAGCCCUAAUUGCGGUUCACCCGUCCCAAAUAUCCGUAUCUGUGUCCGUCGGGUCGGAACUCCGGGUUUUCAGUCUUCAAGAUGGCUCUCGAGUUAAGUUAAUAGAUGAAACCGGAGGGCACAAAGAUUCAAUUCGCGCCAUUCGAUACAGUAGAAGUGGGCAGUUUUUCGUAUCAGGUGGAGAUGAUAAGCUUGUGAAAGUUUGGGAUACUAAAUCUUGGCGUUGUAUUUACUCUGUAGUUUCGGAGAAGAGAGUGACUUCUCUUGCAAUAAGUGGUGAUGGCAUGUUUGUGUGCUUCGCGGAUAAGUUUGGCGUCGUCUAUGUGGUGGAUAUAGGAGAUCAUAAUUAUGAAAAUCCAGCUCCAGUGAAUAAGAAGGCUGUUCCAAUUCUUUCCCACUAUUGUAGCAUAAUUACUAGACUGGAAUAUUCACCAGAUGGAAAAUAUAUUAUUACUGCUGAUCGAGACUUUAAAAUUCGAGUUACUGUGUUUCCCAAAGAGCCCUUAAAUGGAGCGCAUGAGAUUCAGAGCUUUUGCCUCGGUCAUACUGAGUUUGUCUCCUGCCUUGCAUUCAUCAGUUGCCAGGAUUAUGCACAGGGACUUUUAGUCUCUGGAAGUGGUGAUUCAACAGUUCGGUUGUGGGACUAUGCCUCUGGUUGUCUGCUUGAUACUUGUGAUGUUGGAGCUGAGGCAGGGGUUUUACAUUCUAUUCAAAGACAAGAGGAGGUAUUGCCUGCUAUAACUGAUCUCUGUGCAACCGCUGAUGGUUCCCUUGUUGCUGUGGCUGUUCAGAGCUUGCCAGGGAUUAUGCUGUUACGAUGCAGCUUCUCUGCCAGGACUCUCUCAGUCGUCAAAGUGGUUUCUGUUAAAGGAGAGACAUUCAUUCCGACAAGUAUUGGAGCUGCCCCUUCCUCCCCAUUGUUAUGGAUGGUCAUGGGUGCCUCCAGCUUACAGAGUAAUGAUUCUGCACUUUUGGCUCGUGUGAGGGCCGUGUCAGGCUUCACCACUAACACCUCAGAAUCUACUGAACCGGAGGUGUCGGUCUUAGAAGAUACAGAGAUUCCUGGAGGAGAGCCUCUGCUUCAAGCACUGCAAGGAAAAUUGUCAAUUGGAGAAGAAGCAUUCUCGACAGCUGCUGAAGCUGUGAAAACAGCAAUGCGGAAUUUGUUAAUCAAGAAGCAGUACUCAGCGGAGAGACGGGAGUUCAGAAAGAGAGGUAGAAACGAUAAGAAGAAUCAAACACCCGCUCAGUCAUAGCCCAAUCCUUGAUUCCAACACCCCGAUUCAGAAGGUAGCGUAGAAACUCUCCUAGUAUUUCUGUAACAUGUCAAUGCUUAAGAGCUGUAUUUGCAUUCAAUGAUUCUUGUGUCAUGCCCAAAUUUUUGGCGUAGGUAGCUUAAUUUGUUGAGUUUUAACCACAUAGAGAUAACAUAUUGGGAGGACUGACCAUCAUGGUCUGUGCAGAUAUACUCAACCGGGCAUGUUAUUACAGGACUUGCAAUGUGUGGAAAAGACUUUUCA